AUGGAGGUUCUUACAGCCUUAAUGAAGAAAUCAAAAGAAAUGGGGGAAUUUCGUGAUUUUAAGUUCAAAGGUGAUAAGGAGGUGGAUAUGCUACAAUUCGCGAACAACACUAUUAUUAUAGCCGAAGGAGAUACCGCAAACUUGUGGAGUUUGAAAUAUAUUCUUAGAGGGUUCGAGUUGAUGUCGGGUUCUCGGAUUAACUUUCAUAAGAGUAAUCAUUACGGGCUUAAUGUGGGUGAUUGGUUCAUGGAAGCCGUAUCUUCUUUUCUCUCUUGUAAAGUGGGGAAAUUGUCUUUCAAAUUUCUUGGUGUUAGGGUGAGUGAUAAUCCUAGGAAACUCUCAAUGUGGAAAGAUCUUAUUUUGAUGUUGAGAAAAAUAUUGUCCGUGUGGAUAGGCUCGUACCUUAGUAUGGCGGGUAGAAUGGUGUUGAUAUUCGGUUCUUAA